AUGAAGUUACUGAGCACCAUCUGUGUUAUCUCUGGGCUAAGAACCAUAUGGGCAUUUCCCACGAAAGAUGUCAAAUCCUCUUUCAGUUGGGAAGAUACCAAGUACUUUCUCGCAUUCGGUGAUUCGUACACAUUUGUUCAAGGAACAUACGGUCGACAAAAUUACUCCUUCAUUGGCGAUCUUCAGAAUUUCUCAUAUACUCCCGCCCAAAUCUUGAGUAAUAAGAUCAUCCAAAAUCAACUUGGAACAUCAGCAGGCGGUCCCAAUUGGGUCGAAUACCUCACAUCCUGCUUUUCCGGUCUCCCAUCCGGCUGUAGCAAACAACUCUGGGAUUUCGCCUUUGCCGGCUCCGACGUCUCUACAACCUACACCCCCCUCCACCACAACUACACCGUCUCCCUCGAAAACCAAAUCCGCGAAUGGUCCACCUACGCGCAGCCAAUCAUCCCCAUGGAUCCCUCCCAGACCCUCGUCGCCAUCUGGAUCGGCAUCAACGACAUCAGCGACACCGAUUCCUACACCUUCCCCUCGCACAAUGCCACCAACUUCCCCUCCCUCUACACAAACAUCAUCACCACCGAAUUCGCCGCCAUCGAAACCAUCUACAACGCCGGGUUUCGCAAUUUCCUCUUCAUGAAUCUCCCCCCCUUACAACGCACCCCCCCCAACCUCAUCCGCGCCGCCGGUCCCCUCCCCAACACCACCAUGCUCACCUCCUACAACGAAAUCCUCAACAGCAGCGCGCUCCACUUCGCCGCCACGCACCCCGGCACCAAAGCCAUGGUCUUCGACACCUUUUCCUUUCUGUCUUCCGUGCUGGAUGAUCCCGCGCCGUACGGGAUCAAAAAUAUCACAAAAUAUUGUCCGAGAUAUGAUGCGCCUGAUAUUGCUACAAACUAUGCAUCUUACGGCUGCCUCCCCAUUCCCGACUACUUCUGGUACAACACCGGCCACAUAACCUACCACACGCACGAGAUUCUUGCCAAGGAAGUUGGCAAGUUUUUGGAGGGUCAAAGUUGUUAA